AUGACUAGCGCUUUGGCUAUACAGCGAGGCUCCCGUCAAAGUACUAGCGACUUUGUUCUUGAGGACGCUGGAAGACAAGCCUCUAUCAAAGUUCCCUCAUCUAAUUUCAACAACAAUGGAACGGUUGUAGCUGGAAUUACGUACAAGGAACUUCACGAGUUAAUUGUGGGAAAUUACUCCAAUAACAAUGGACACAACAACAACACCAGGCGACUCAGUACCAGAAUAGUGGCGGUCGCAAUAGAUCCAAAGCCGGGAAAAUUAAAGGAAAACAUCGGCUUGAAGUUCAGGCACCUAAAGGAGGUUACUGAUGGCAAGAAACUCUGUGUGUUUUGGAGUGGCGUUGACGAAAAAAAUCCUGACGGAUGGUCUAGAGAAGGAUGCCAUACCGUAAAAUCGACGAGCAAUGCAGAAGAGACGGAAUGUAGUUGCAAUCAUUUGACUCACUUCACUGUUUUAUUCGACUAUAGCGAUGCCAAUAGUAGGCUCACAAAGGCGGAUGAGAAGAUAUUGAGGAUUCUUACUUAUGUGGGAUUAGCUCUCUCCAUAACAGGAAUAACUCUGACGAUAAUAUCAUAUGCACUUCUCACCGAUAUGCAUCAGCCUCUGUCUCAAAUCAGAAUAAGUCUUGCCGGAUCCCUCGGAGCUGGACAGAUAAGCUUUCUUGCUGGAAUUGGAGCCACAGAAAACGCGGGUGCUUGUGUUACAGUAGCCGCUCUUCUGCAGUACUUUCUGAUGGCAGCUUUCUGUUGGAUGCUCGUCGAGGGAUUCUACCUUUACUUGCUUGUUGUAAAGGUUUACAACAUCGAAAACAAGAUGCGCAUGUAUCACGUGAUGUCAUGGGGUCUCCCCGCUGCCAUUGUCGCCCUGUCACUGAGUAUUGCUGCAGGAAAAGAUGGAAUACAGAGUUUUGUCGAUGAGGAAUACUGCUGGAUGUCUUCGCAUAACAAUCUAAUUUGGAUAUUUGUCACAGUCGUGUUGGGGAUUGAAGUGUUCAACUUGUUGAUAUUACUUCGGGUCAUAAAGGAAAUCACCCAAGUGCAGCCAACAGUAGGAGCUAAUAAUAUUCACCAGAUACGACUUGGCAUCAAAGCAUGCUUGGUAAUGACUCCUUUGCUUGGGACCACGUGGUUGUUUGGUCUUCUGACACCAUUGCACAAAGCUGUCAUGUACAUUUUUACAAUCCUCAACUCUACUCAGGGAUUCUUGAUUUUUCUCCUGCACUGUGCAAGAAACAACCAGUUCAGAAGAGAGCGGUUUAAAAGAAAGCUAGGCGUGAUUUUUCCAGCUGUAAACGAUCCACGCCCUGCCAGGAAAACUUCAAGGGUUAAUCCAAGUGUUGUCGGCACGGCGGAAAUAAUUGAAUUGCAGCCAUGUAGCGGUGUCUUUGAGCUGAAGAAGCAGCGAAGAGAAAACUUUCAGUUACCCUAGAACUCUCUCUUGACUAAUAAACCUACUUUGUUCUAGGAACUGAUUAUGAACGAGUUUUCCUGUGUUAUCUUAAAUGAUAAAUAAGACCUAAGUACCGUAGCUAGCGCUAGCAGUAGAGUUAUGUCAAAAUAUAUUUAUCGCUUUGCUACAGUAGCCCAACUGAAGCUAGCUUUUAUGCUGUUCUUAGAGAUUAUACAAGAUUGUUUUGGAUUCCCUCUCUGUUAGUUACAACGGGCGUUAGUUUUAUAGCUGUCCGGCUUACGUUCUCCAUGUUUAGUACGAAUAGUAGUAGUACCGACAACGUUCUUUGAGAAUGUUUAACUAGUCUAGCAUUCUUCAUAAUGUUCUUAUUUUCAAAUGUUGUUGUUUUUAGUGCUCAGUGCACUAAGCUAGACCUAGUUAGUUGAACGACAUGCCACUUAACUGAAGAAAAAGAAACAGAUAUAUCAAGUAAACGAAAUAGGCUUAAAAAUCCCAACUGGCGAAAGGCAGAUCAGUUGGCUAUAUGUACAAGCAUGACUGAGGAGUUAACCUAGGGUAUACCAAGAAACAAAGUUCAGCUGCUCGUGAAAAAUUAAAAAAAAAAAAAAAUUAAAAAAAUCGGGGUUUUCUCUCUUUAUCUUAAGCGGCUGCUAGUCUGAUAGCUAAUAGAUUACGAUUAAGCUUUUGAUAAUUGAACGGUUCCGUAGUAUAUUAGAUCAGCCAUGCUCAAAGGUGAAUCAGCUUGAUUACUGAACGGUUCGGCCAUUUGCAGCAGUAAACCCGCUUAGUUACCUGUAACUCACCUGCACGAUGCCACAUAUUAAGGUCGACGUUGCCCUUCGUGUCUUUUACAUUAAAGUCUACAUACGAGCCAGGCCGGAGCUUAUCCCGGUUUUGUCGCAUGAAGCGUUUAGGUGAAUUUCUACUCCCCUCUGGAUGGGAUGCUAGUCCAUCGCAGGGUUACCCCCAGCAUUAAGAUCAC